AACAACUCUUCAAAUAAGCUUUAGUAUAGAAUUUGAAGUGGUCAGUGUUGAAAGAAUUUGCUACCGGACCGCAUCAAAAAUAGUGGAAUAGAUUAUCAGUGAAAUGGAUUUUUACUACAGUCCCGCAUCAGGCCCCUGCCGCGCGGUACUCAUGACAGCGCAAGCAAUUGGCGUUGAGUUAAACAAAAUUCCGGUGGACUUACGCAAGGGUGAGCACCUAACGCCCGAUUAUAUUAAGAUUAACCCGCAACACACUGUACCAACUUUGGUGGAUAACGGAUUUUCUGUAUGGGAUUCGCAUGCCAUCAUGAUCUAUCUGGUGGAACAACAUGCUACAUCAGAUUCCCUCUACCCAGCGUGCCCUCAAAAGCGUGGACUCAUCAAUCAACGACUCUACUUCGAUGUGGAUCUUUAUUCCGUAUUUUGGAGCUACUGUUCGAGUGCCAUUCUUAAGAAAUCGCCCUACGAUCCAGAAAUAUUGGAGAAGUUGAAGAAACAGUUGGAAUUAUUUUACACACUGCUGGCUGGUAACGAGUUUGCAGUUGGUGGUUCACUGACGUUGGCUGAUCUGUCACUAUUGGCUACAGUGACCACUUUGGAUGUGUUUUCUACAUUACCGGGAUUCGAAGUCAACAUAAAACAGUACUCUAAUAUUGAGAAGUGGUACGAGAACAUGAAGAAUGUUGCUCCAGGUUAUCAACAGAACUUGGAUAAUAUUUUGGCAAUCAAACAAUAUUUUGUGAAAUAAAAGGGUGCUGCCAGGUUUUCUGUAUUAAAAGCUAAAUAAAUUGUUAUCACUGUGUUUUUUUUAUGAA